GGGUGAAGGGCGCUGCGGGGGCCGGGGGCGCUGGCUGAGCGCACAGGCCCUGGAAACAAGAAAAACAAGAUGGGGACUGAGAGUCAAGCUGCUGCUCAAACUGCUUGUGAGCUGUAAUGAAAUGUGGCGUGAUUAGAGAUCGCGUGACUGUGGGACAGAUCCCUUUACCUCCGGGGCGCUUUCUCAGCCCGUCACAGGCUCGCUCGGCUUCUGCGGGGUUUGUUCCCUGGCUCUUAGCACCUCUCGAAGGGAUUUUCCUGUCGUCCGACUGAGAAGGAAGACAGACUUUGGUCCCCUAAACAGUGUGGUUUGAAAAGCUACUUUUCCCCCAAGUAACUGUAAGGGCAAGUCUAACAAGGCUGAUCUUAAAUGCUGAAUGAUGAUUUAAACUGAACAAUCAAGGACUCAGAAAUCAGGAGGAUCCAUUUCCAUAACAAUGGCAACAAAAUCAUCUCUACUUAAAGUAAUACUCUUAGGUGACGGUGGAGUCGGGAAGAGUUCACUUAUGAACAGAUAUGUCACUAACAAGUUUGAUACACAAUUGUUCCACACAAUAGGCGUGGAGUUCUUAAAUAAAGAUUUGGAAGUGGAUGGACACUUUGUUACAAUGCAGAUAUGGGACACGGCAGGUCAAGAACGGUUCAGGAGCUUACGGACUCCUUUCUAUAGAGGUUCUGACUGUUGCCUUCUAACUUUCAGUGUAGAUGACUCUCAAAGCUUCCAAAACUUGGGUAACUGGAAAAAAGAAUUCAUUUACUAUGCAGAUGUGAAAGAGCCUGAAAGUUUUCCUUUUGUGAUAUUGGGUAACAAAGUUGACAUAAAUGAAAGGCAAGUGUCUACAGAAGAAGCCCAGGCCUGGUGCAGGAACAACGGCAACCAUCCCUAUUUUGAGACUAGUGCAAAAGAUGCCACUAAUGUUGCAGCAGCCUUUGAGGAAGCUGUUCGAAGAGUUCUUGCAACUGAAGAUAGAGCAGAUCACUUGAUUCAGACAGAUACAAUAAAUCUUCACCGGAAGCCCAAACCCAGUUCAUCUUGCUGUUGACUGUUAGAUUUUUUUUGCCAAUAAAGUUCUGACAAACUUACUCUAAAAAUAAGAAAAGGAGUAAUAGCUCAAAUAUAAGUGGGUUCCACUCUAAUAUUAUUAAAAUGUAACAUUCUGCUGCUUUACUGGGGAGUGGGGGAGGCUUCCAUUCGUUGAGUGACUUGUUUCUGAAUUAGUGGCAUCUUCUGUUUAGAAAGAUGUCAGCUAAAAAUGUUCAUUUAAUAUAAACGUGUAAUUUGCAAAGCUAACAAAUCAAAUGAUAAAUACGUUAAAUGUAAUUCAGAGAAACUUGAAAGUUCUAGAAGCACUACUUUUGGGUUUUUUUCUGUAAUUCAAUGCAAGGAACAAAUUUUGUAUGUAUGUAUAUUUUUAUGAAAUUAGCAUUCCAUUUUUGGUUCACUAAAACCCAUUUCAUAACAUAAUGCUAAAUAUUAAAGAACUUCAGUCUCAUUACA